CUUCACGGCAAAACUCAGACAGAUUCGCGUCUCGUCUCUCUGCACGAUCGUUCUUAGACCAUCUAUUUCAUAAAUCCAGUCUCUUCUCCACUUCUAACUUUACAGCACAGCAUCUUCAAUUCACUUACUCCUGUUCGCUCUUCGAUCCAAGAAAGUUGUACCGAACCGUCACACUUGUAAGGUUGAAAUGUGCUUCGAUAAAUGGCAUUAGUUACAACUGCUGAAUUUUGUGAUGCAAACCCACAGCUAAUUGUUAGUGGUGAACUCCGGGCAAUUCAACCUAUUUUUCAGAUAUACGGCCGGCGCCAAGUCUUCUCCGGACCGGUAGUUACUGUCAAGGUUUUCGAAGACAAUGUUUUGAUCCGUGAGUUUCUUGAGGAGAAAGGCAAUGGCAGAGUUCUCGUCAUAGAUGGGGGUGGGAGUCUGCGGUGUGCUAUUCUGGGUGGCAACCCUGUUGUACAAGCACAAAACAAUGGAUGGGCAGGAAUAGUCGUGAAUGGCUGUAUCAGAGAUGUUGACGAGAUCAAUGGCUGUGAUAUCGGCGUGAGAGCUCUUGCCUCUCAUCCGAUGAAAGCCAACAAGAAGGGGAUCGGCGAGAAACAUGUGCCGAUAACCAUCGGUGGAACAAGGAUCUGCGAUGGGGAAUGGCUCUAUGCAGACACCGAUGGCAUCUUGAUUUCUCAAACAGAGUUGUCUGUCUGAGUCUGUUCACCAAAAUCGCAGGUCGUGCCCCACAGUAAGCAUGCUGUGCCCUCACUCGUAUUGUCGUGCUUAAUAAAUAGCUUAUGCUUUUAUGUGAUGAGGGGUAGUUUGUUAAUGGCAUCAAGUGUUUGUUUCUGGUAUUCAUUCUGGAGUUGAUUGUGAUAAGAAUAAUUUAUUUAAGUGUUUCUAUGUUCCUAUUUUCA